AUGCAUUGGUCUGUUUGCAAUCCAAAGUUUAGUUAGCUAUAGUAAUACGACAGCUCGAGUCGCAGACAGACAGGCACAAAGCCCGUGGUCGAGACAAAAAGCUCUCGCAGACAAUACGCUAGCUAAUCGCGCAGUGAACCCUCGUUCAGGCCCUUCAAAUACCAGUGGUGUGUCGUGAGAAGCCAUGGCCGUCGCAGCUGCCCAGAAGAACCGUGAAAUGUUCGCCAUCAAGAAGUCGUACAGCAUCGAGAACGGUUAUCCGUCUCGUCGCCGCUCGCUCGUAGACGACGCCAGGUUCGAAACCCUGGUUGUAAAACAGACCAAACAAAGCGUUUUGGAAGAGGCUCGCGCCCGAGCCAAUGACUCUGGCUUGGAAUCCGAUUUUAUCCAAGACGGGAUUCAUAUUGGCAAUGGUGACAACUCCCCGACUGUCGAAGAUGGCACCCAACAAGACGAUACUAAGAAUGGUCACCUCGCUGAUGCUGAUAUUGGUGAUGACGCCGGAAAAACGGACGAGGAUUAUACUCUGACCGAAGAGGAGGUGAUCCUGCAGAACGCUGCGAGUGAGUCUCCCGAGGCAGAGCAGGCGAUUCAACAAGCCGCGCUGCUACUGCGCAUGCGAGAUGGAAUGGGCUCUCUAGCGCGCAUCCUCAAGACCAUCGACAACUACAAGGGAUGUGUGCAGCAUCUCGAAACCCGUCCGUCCCAACUCUCCGGUGUCCAGUUUGAUGCUCUCGUGAAAGUUAGCAUGUCCCGCAUCAACUUGCUGCAACUUAUCAGAUCUCUUCGUCAGUCAACAUCCUUCGCUGGAGUUAACCUCGUUUCCGAGAACAACAUCUCAAGCAAAACCCCGUGGUUCCCUCGCCACGCCUCAGAUCUGGAUAACUGCAAUCAUCUCAUGACCAAAUAUGAACCUGAAUUGGAUAUGAACCAUCCUGGUUUCGCUGACAAGGACUACAGGGAACGCAGGAAGCAAAUCGCUGAGAUCGCUUUCGCGUAUAAAUACGGAGACCCAAUCCCAUCCAUCAGCUACAAGGAAACCGAAAACGCGACCUGGCAGCGAGUGUUCAACACUGUGUUGGACCUCAUGCCUAAACACGCCUGCAAGGAGUACAAAAUUGCUUUUGGCAAGCUCCAAGCGGCGAACAUCUUCGUGCCCCAGCACAUUCCUCAGCUCGAGGACGUGAGCAACUUCCUCCGCAAGCACACCGGCUUCACGCUCCGCCCCGCUGCGGGUCUGCUCACCGCCCGCGACUUCCUCGCCUCCCUGGCCUUCCGAGUCUUCCAGUCUACUCAAUACGUACGCCACGCCAACUCUCCCUUCCACACUCCUGAACCCGAUUGUAUCCACGAGCUCCUUGGACACAUCCCACUCUUGGCCGACCCCAGCUUCGCUCAAUUCUCUCAGGAGAUUGGACUUGCAUCUCUUGGCGCCUCGGACUCCGAAAUCGAAAAGCUCUCUACUGUGUACUGGUUCACCGUUGAAUUCGGACUGUGCAAGGAGAACCAACAGCUGAAGGCGUACGGUGCCGCUCUCUUGUCCUCAAUCGGCGAGCUACUGCACGCCCUCAGUGACAAGCCGGAACUGAGACCCUUCGAGCCCGCGUCCACCUCUGUGCAACCCUACCAGGACCAGGAAUACCAACCUAUCUAUUACGUAGCCGAAAGUUUCGAAGAUGCCAAAGACAAGUUCAGACGCUGGGUGUCGACCAUGUCGCGACCCUUCGAGGUGCGCUUCAACCCUCACACGGAGCGCGUCGAGGUGCUGGACUCCGUGGACAAGCUGGAGACGCUGAUCUGGCAGCUCAACACCGAGAUGCUGCACCUCACCAACGCCGUCAAGAAGCUCAAGGACACUCAAUUCGAGUAAACAGCCUACCCGUAGUACACUUCAAUGGUUCAUUGCACGCGGCCUCGCCGCAUACUGUAUAGCUAGUGAUAUAAUAGAUGUAAGACUGUUGUUGGCGUCUGUGGAGCGUAUGUGUGAGUGAUUGUGAAAACCAUCCGAUGGUACUUCGUUGAAUUCCUUUUUGUACCUUACUGUAUUAUUUAUUAUGCCAGCUUAUUGCCCGGGUCUCGAAAACUGCACGGAACUCCCGAUUGCCCAUUUACGGAGCCUGUGUGCGUUUCUCGAGACCUAUACUAUUAUUAGAAUUAAUUUAUAAUUUAAUGAAACACAAAUGAAUAAAAAAUGGAGCACCAAAAAUAUAUAAAAAUGAAUCAUAAAAUAAAUAUGCGUUUGCGUGGAA